GACGGCUGCGGGGUUUCGGAUAGCGGGUCUGAUAUGGAGUGUCAGUUGUAUGUUCUGUAGGGGCGCGUGUUUGUUUGUUAAACCUUCUGAUUAAAAAAUGAUUCGGAUCGCGGAUUCGGCACGUAGUUGAAAUUCCCUCAAAGACUGUUAGGAUCGCUGCAGUAAAAUGUUCGUGGAGGACUUUCGAAGCGAAUUUUACAAUGUCCUCACUGGCAAGCGAAUUCUCAUUAUGGUCAACUAUGACAUCGACGGCAUUUGUGCGAGCAAAAUCCUCCAGUCGCUGUUCAAAUACGACAACAUGCUCUAUUCUCUGAUGCCGGUCAUGGGACUGGCAAGUUUGCAGAGGGCCUACGAAGAGAACCGCAAGGAUGUGAAGUAUGUGAUCCUCAUCAACUGUGGAGGUUGUGUCGACAUUGUGGAGCUGCUUCAGCCCGAAGACGACGUCGUGUUUUUUGUUUGUGAUUCGCACAGGCCACUAGAUGUGUGCAACAUUUACAGCGACAAGCAGAUAUGCAUUCUUCGCAGCAGUACGGACGUGGAGGACGACAUCCCGAAUUUCGAAAGCAUUUUCCGGGAGUCAGACGAUGAAGAGAGCGGGCAGUCCAAUAGUGAGGAAGAAGAAGUGGAUGAGGCCACUCGAAUCCACAGAAGAGCAACGAAACGUAGAGAACGGCAACGGUGGGAGGAGGAGCGCGAUCGUUUGAUGUUCAACUACACUCAGUACAGUUUCUACGGGCGCAGCUCAGCACUGGUGAUGUUUGAACUAGCGUGGAAAAUGUCAAAAGACUGCACCGACCUGUUAUGGUGGGCUAUUGUUGGCAGCACAGAGCAGUUGCUCCUGGGUAAAAUAGAAAGCUCAACGUACGCCCUGGAGGAAAGCGCCGUGCAGGGCCACGUCUCCCGCAUCAGCAGUCAGCUACUAGAACAGUCGAACCAGGCUUCCGUGAAGAUAUCGCUGGAGAAGGACCUGUCGUUAGCGCUUUAUCGCCACUGGAGCGUUCACGAUUCUAUAAGAUACUCAAUGUACACAGCGUGCAAACUGAAACUCUGGACCCUCCGAGGCGAGAAAAAGCUUCAUGAACUGCUCGUGGAGAUGGGCCUGCCACUGAGUCAAGCCAAGCAGAUGUUUGCAUCUAUGGAUCUCGUCUUGAGGCGGGAGUUCCAGCAGAUGUUCGAGAAGUUGGCCGAAAAGUACGGGAUACCGGACAUCGUGUACAGUUCAUUUACGCUUCAAUACGGCUAUCGAAACAAAUUCUCAGCGUCCGACUAUAUUUAUUCCAUGUUAGCCUUGAUUGCAUGCAACAAAGAUCGAAAACCGGAAGACCGUUUCCUGGAAGCAUUCGACAGUCUAUCGCGAGACAACAGAGACCUGCUACUGAGUGGUAUCGAGAAGUCGAAAAAACUGCUGGCGGUAAUUUUUAAGCAGGUGCAGAGUAGCUUAGAAAUGAAUCAGGUUCACGUCGCCGGAUCAUUUUUGUACUAUAUAGUUUCCGAGGAGAACAUAUAUUUCGCGCAUCCCUACGGCGUCCUCCUUUUGGGGAAAUUUAUUUUAAAUGGAUAUGUCGCGACCUCUCGAAGUCGGAGAGCUGCAGACUUGCCCCUGGUAGUGAGUUGUUUGGUCGAUUCACAGCACGACUUGUGUCUUCUCGCAGGAAUUCCACCCGUUAAGGAGACUUCGCCGAAGAACUUCUUCGGCAAGGCCUUCGAACAGGCGGCCAGCAGGAGUAAUUCUAGUAUUUUACAGGACUUUUUCGAAACGUCAAUAAUACAAAUAAGGCAGUCGGAUUUAACGAAGUUUCUAGAUGCUCUUAGUGUUCUGUUAGGUUAGCGGAUAAUUUGAAGGUUUAAGUUUGUGGAUUUUAUAUCUGAUCGUAAGAGUAACGUAAUUUUUUAAAAUAAACGUAUGGAAAAUUGA